AUGGACGAGAAACAUGCUACCGGGGCCAACAGCCCCGCGACUCCGGUCCUCCCGCGACCUCGAGAGUCCAAAGAUGAACACCAUAACACUCAACACAGAGACCCCACGACGUUCGGCCGUCACAGCUUGCAAAUAACCCAAUCCCAAAGACCCGCAGCAUCUGCUCCUCAUGUCACUGGUCAACAACCACACCUGCGCGGGCGUACCCCCAAUGUCCUCGAUGCGCGGGAAGACCACGCCCUGGACGAGAAGUCUCAGAGCAUGCCAGACCAUCUCGACGCAGCUCAACGCCCUAAAUCGGCACCGCACCACGAUGCGACCCCCCCGCGUACAUCGAAGCGAAUCACCCGCCAGAGCCAUGACUUUGACCGCCGCUAUGACGGCCCCUUCGGCCGGCCCAGCCUGGCCAUGACCCGUCGCAGCUCCCGAUCGCCGACCCGUUCCUCCAUCCAUCCCGGCACGGCCGAUGAGGCAAUUCAUGAGGCCAUUGACGCCGCAGCGGGAGGCCCGGGCGGCACCCCCGGCAGACCGGCAUUCCAGCCGACUCCCCCGCCGCUCAACUACACCCUCCGCACCCGCAAGAUGGCAAUCUUCCUCUUCUGGGCCCUUAUCCUCUUCGACUCCAUCGCCAUGCCGAUCGCCCUGUACUUCGGCCUCUGGUACGGCGUGGGGCCCGGGACAAACACCCCGACCGAGAAGAAGGAGAAGCUCAGCCCCAACGCCGUCUUCUCCAUCGUCACUGCCGCUGUCGGCGGCGCCAGCAUCGUCGAGUACUUUCUCCGCUUCUGGCGUCUUUGGCGCAAGGGCAGCACGUGCCGUGUCAUUGGCGCGCACCGGUGGUAUCUCGACUGGUUUCACUGGAACUUUUCCUUUGCGUGGAUCAUCAUCAUGAUCGAGCUCAUCGUCGGCACCGUGCCGGAACAUCCUCCCAUCCGCCUCCUCUCCAUGCCUGUCACCACAAUGCUCUUCGUCUUCGGCACCGAGCUCCUGCUCGUCGACGUUAGCCGCGCCUUCCGCGUUUCCGCCCCCUGCCGCAUCUCCUCCAUCCCCAAGGGCGCCCAGCUGCGUCCGGGCAUCUACUCCCUCAUCGAAGACAUCUGCGCCGUCGACGGCUCGGGAGGCACCGAGUUCCGCGUCGCCCUCGACAGGCGCUACGAGGCGAGCCACGUCUUCCGUGCUAUGCUGCGCCGGCUCGGCAUCUUCUGGGCCGUCGGGGCCGAGGCGUGCGCCGUACUGUGCACGGCCCUGAUCUUCACCAUGAGCGGCGACGUCGCGUACGUCAUCGGCUGGUCGUUGCCCUUCGUGUGGGCGGGCUUGUGGGCUGUUGCGGCGUUUUUGUAUGUGAGCUAUGAGCUGAAGAGGGAGGCCAGGGCGUGGGGCGAGGAAGCUGCGAGAAAGGGGGCGGCGGACUCUGUGGCGUCAGUUUGA